AUGUCCUUUUUCCAAGCCUGCGCUCUUGCUGAGCUGGUGGACAAUGCUCUUUCAGCAACAGCAAAAAACACUGGAAGCAGGAGUAUAGAGAUAAGGAUGCUUUUUAACAAAACAUUGGGGAAGCCUGCUAUCAUUGUCUUGGAUAAUGGGUCUGGUAUGACCUCCAAGCAUCUCAAUAACUGGGCUGUUUACAGACUCUCUAAGUUCACAAGGGAAAAUAGCACAUUUGAAAGUGAAGCAGAGGGAUAUGUUCAUCCUGCUCAUGUGCCUCGCAGUCUCAACAGUGACAUUUCCUUUUUCGGAGUUGGAGGAAAACGAGCGGUUUUCCACAUGGGGAAUGCUGUGAGAAUGAUCAGCAGACCUCUAGGCUCUCCAGAUGUUCAUGAGCUGGUUCUAUCAAAGGAUGAAUUCCAGAAAAAAGAACAGAAGAAACAGGACGUUUACAGAAGCAAAAUUCUCAACAGGAUGCCUGGUGACUUCUCACACAUAACAAAUGAUGAACAAUUUCUUCGUACCAUCAUCGCUGAAGAAACUGAGAAAGAGAGCUUCACUGUGGUUGUCAUCACAGGAAUAUUUCAGGACCACAUCAAUUACCUGAAAAAGAACUUUAAGGAGUGGACCAGAGAGCUGGCUCACAUUUAUCAUUACUACAUUCACGGGGUCAAUGGAAACUGCAAAGCAGACAUCUCUCCAACAUCAGAUGAUUUCCGAAGAAUUGACAUUGUUGUGACUUUGUGGGCUUCAAAAAAAAAAGAAAGGAUGAAUCUCAGAGAAGUGGAAGACGACAUGCAGACUCUAUUCAUAAAUGCAGCCAAAGACACAUUUGAGUUCAGGGCCACCACUCCAGACAGAGGCAUUGUGGAGGGUCUCCUUCGAUAUCAUCCGUUCCUUUAUGACAAGGAGACCUACCCUGAGGAUCCAUUUGUUUAUCAAGCUCCUGGUGAGGAUGAUUAUAAUAAUGAAAGGGAGUCUGGAGCCACAGGUCAAGCAAGAGGAAGGAGGGACAUCUUUCAGUGUUUCUGGAACGGACGGCUCAUCCCUUACACCGCCAUUUCUGGAUUUGACUGGUGCCAGAAGAAAGGAUUUAAAUUACCAGAAGAAUGCUAUAGCCGCUUUUCUGGGGUGCUUUUCACUGAUAGCAAAUUUCAUGUCAGUGCAACCAAGCUGAAAUUCAUGGAACUGGAGAAGCAGUUGAAGCAACCGGGCACACAUUUCACCCGUAUUUGUCCUAUUCAGAAAUGCCCAAGAAGAGGGGACAUUCAGAAAGAGUUUACAAACUGGCUACAAAACUGUCACAAGACGCUGGACAAACAGGUGGAGUUUAUUGACUACAAAGGAACUGUGAAACGACCAGAAGGGCAGCCCAAGAAAAAGCAACAACCCUGGGCAGUUUUCUCCUCUAUUAAGCAACACGGCAGAAGAUACAAUGCAGGGGACAUUGUAAUGUUUCAGAAGACACCAUCAAUACUUUGUGGUACUGUGGUAAAAUUCUUUCUGCAUGGAAAUCAUAAAGGAGACACGUUUGCCACAGGCGGAGAUGUGGAAAUCAAAUGUGAGCCUGAAGGACUUUAUGAAGAGAUCAUCAAGGUCCUACCCAUUGCUAAGAUUGACAAGACUGCCACAGAUGAAAGCAUCAAAGAUCACAUUGAGGAUGAAAGGAAGAAGCUCCCACAUUCCCUAAAAGUUAACUGGGCAGAAGGCAAUGUUUUGCCUGAAAAUGCUGUGUUGCCUGCUGGGACUCCUAUUGGACCUCUUGAAGUUGAAAUUCUAAACAGUGAUGGAGACUCCAUAUCCUCAAAGAUUCAGAUGGGGAAACACAGGAUAAAUCUGAGUGUUUCACUCAAGGUGGUGUUUAAUGAAGAUGAAGUUCUUUCUAACACUGCCCCCUAUAUAGCUGGGAAAGGACACUGCUUCAACAAAUUUGAAAACUUCCGCACAUUGGGGAAGUACACACUGACUCUAUCUACUGUGUUAAAUGACAACAUUACCACAGUUUACGGUGGCAGAGAGCUUCCAAAAUACAAGCACGAGUUUACUAUCCAAGAGGGAGAUGCAGAGAGCUUUUCUGUUGGGGAGCUGAGUUCCUCUUUACGUGUGGGAGAGCCGUUUGACAUUCCUCUGCAGAUGAAAGACUGUUAUAACCACCCAACAAAACCUCCUCCCAAUAUCAAACCUGCUCUUCAAAGCACCGAUCUGGAACUGAGUUAUGAGACGACAACUUGCAGUGGGGUCUUGUUAACCAUCCAAGGUGUCAAAGCCAAGGGAAAACUCCUAAACUCCGCCAUGUUCGAGAGUUAUGACCUGAAAGUGACACUCCCUGGACUUAAAGAUGACACACAGACCACGAAAAUCUCUCUUCAUCCUGGAAAUCCCCAUUCACUUCUUGUGAAAUCAAAAACAAACCCAGUGGAAGUGGAGAAUGGAAACCCGGUGAGCUUUGAGAUUGAAGUCCAUGAUGAGGCUGGGAACAUCACUCGCUUCCCCGGACUGGAAGUUCACUGCCAGAUUCCUGGGCUCCUUUUGAUGACAAAAGACUGCAGCGCAGGAAAAGCUGAGCUUGUGACAAAGCCUGUAAAAGAAAAAAUUGUCAAUGGAGAACCGCAAAUACUAGAAGCUAGAUUUGAAAUACCUAGUCAGAAGCAGGUUGCACCAGUGACUAGACAGCUGAUGGUCAUGCCCAGCAAGCAGAUCUCGCGGAUGGAGCUUUUCUCUCAGGGCGAGGAAGAGCUGGUGUUGAAGAACAAUGAAAAGAUAAAGUGGCAAGCCGGAGGAGUGCUGGAGAAGCUGUUUUACAAGCUGUAUGAUGAGGCUGGAAGAGAGGUCCCAAUUACUGCUGAAAUUGCCUCCAAUAUUAAGGUUACCUGGGGAACAGAUGUUGAUCAGAGAAAUCUAGUAAACGGCAGGCUACCAGAUCUACAGAUUCCCACCCAUGUGGAUGAAGAACACCUGUACCAAGUCUCCUACCAGGAAAAGAAAGUUUCCUUCUGCUUCAAAAUUGUGCCUUGUCCUGAUGAACCAGCAGGGCUAAAAGUAACUCUGCCUCAAAGCAUUGUGAAACUUGGUGAAACCUUAUCUGGAGACAUCAAGCUGGAACUUGUGGACCAGUAUAAUAAUGUAACCAAGAAGCUGACCUCCACCUGUGGGAAAUCCUUUUCUGCAGAAGCCGAAGGUCUUGAGAACAGCAGUUGCAUUGUGGCGAUAGGAGUCCGUUUCCCCUCGGGGUCUCCUGGAUCCAGAGUGAUUUGCUUCAGCUACAAAGACUACACAGAAAAUGUCGUCCUUGAAGUGGCAGCAGGAGUUCCUUCCCAACUUAAACUGGUCAGCGAACCAAACCAGAAUGGUCAUGAUAUUCCCACACCAUUCCUUCUCCAGCUGUGUGAUGAUUGGGGAAAUCCGUCUCCAGACGAAAACAUAAAUGUUGAGAUAAAACCUUCUCCUGUGACUCUAACGUUGACAACAGAGGUUUUAACUCCCAUGGAGACAGAAGGGAAGACCUGCAUCAAAGUUAAUCGUGUAGAAGGAUCAAAAGGGUACUAUGCACUGGAGUUUAAAGGUUCCCUAAAAGGUAAAUCCAUCCCUGGUCCAUCAGUGAACCUCACUCUCCUCCCUGAUCCCAACAAACCUGUUAGACUCUCAGUGGAUUAUGAGAAAAACGGGAAGUUUUGUGCUGGAGGCAAAUUUCCAGUUUUCUCAGUGACAGUGUUUUCUGAAGAAGGGAAAGCUAUUAAACCUGCAGAUCUGUCCAUGUUGCUGUGGGAGGGAACGCCAUCAAUGCGUCCUACAAUAGUCACUGAGCUAAAAUACAGAAAACCUGUUGAAGAUGAGUGGAAGGACUGUUAUGAAUUUAGAGAAGAAGAAAUCCCAACACGUGUUGGGGAAUACACUGUAGAGUUUUCUCUACAAACCAACAAAAAAGAAGACCAUCUUUGGAGUCAGAUCAGUGUAAAUGUUGUGGCCAAUGAACCCGUCAAACUAGAACCUGACUGUCAACAACAAACUCCAGUUGUUUUCUACUGUACAGAGAUGGCCAAUCGAAUCUUGGUUGAAAACAUGACUUUGAAGAUAACGGAUCAGUUUGGAAAUUUAGCCGGGCAGAACCUGAAUGGUACUGUGUCCAUCUCAAUAAAGUGCCCUGAAGAAGAAAGGAGCAGAAUCCUCCCUCUGUUUGAUGGAAAAACUAAAACCAUUUCAGUUAAGUUAAUAGAAGGAAGUGCCCUCAUCAAUAGUUUAGCGAUCAUGGAGAACAGUCCUGGUGAGAAUGGAAGCAGAUAUAUUCUCCACUUCAAGCCAGAAGUGACAAAUGCUCCCACAUCUCUGAAUCUCUUUGAACUGCCCUUCCAUUUUUAUAACGAUACUGAGAACCAACAAAAAAAAGUUGAACUGAUGAAGAAGAAGGAUGAACUGACUGAGUCUGUAAAAGAAUGUGAUAAAUUAUUUGAUAAAAUUCGCAAUGAAAAGGAUUUGCUCAAAAAUAACGUCAAAGACUCAACUAAGAAAGAAGUUUCUCUGAGAAAUGAGCUGAAUGAAAGAGGCAUAAGAACAGAACACCCAUUAUCAAUCACAGAUAGUAAAAGAUGCUUAGAGCAGAAGACAUCCGAAUUGGAAACAAUAGAGAAAACUCCAAGAAGAAUCUUUUCCAUUCAUAGAAAUUUCAGCGGUCCUGACAUUCUUGAAAUGGUUGGUGAACUGGCCUUUGUUGCUGAUGAUGAUAUUGCAAGGGUCAUCUCCUGGCAAUUGCAGGGAGACAUGGACUGCAUCAUCACCACAACGACAGAAGCAGCUCAGAAAUGUCCUGAAGACUUUUGCCUUCUUGUUGAUCUUUUAGAUACUGAGAACCAACAAAAAAAAGUUGAACUGAUGAAGAAGAAGGAUGAACUGACUGAGUCUGUAAAAGAAUGUGAUAAAUUAUUUGAUAAAAUUCGCAAUGAAAAGGAUUUGCUCAAAAAUAACGUCAAAGACUCAACUAAGAAAGAAGUUUCUCUGAGAAAUGAGCUGAAUGAAAGAGGCAUAAGAACAGAACACCCAUUAUCAAUCACAGAUAGUAAAAGAUGCUUAGAGCAGAAGACAUCCGAAUUGGAAACAAUAGAGAAAACUCCAAGAAGAAUCUUUUCCAUUCAUAGAAAUUUCAGCGGUCCUGACAUUCUUGAAAUGGUUGGUGAACUGGCCUUUGUUGCUGAUGAUGAUAUUGCAAGGGUCAUCUCCUGGCAAUUGCAGGGAGACAUGGACUGCAUCAUCACCACAACGACAGAAGCAGCUCAGAAACAUUAUGAAGACACACAGGGGAAUCAGCAGGUCAUGGCCCUCGACAGUAUGUUUGUGUAUCAGGAAGACAGACCCCUGCCACAUAUAAGUAACCGGCAAGAACUUUUUAAACCUUCUGGAAACCCAACUUUUGCCAGGAAACACCUGAUUUAUCGUGACAAACAGCUGAGUUGUGAUCGCAAUAACCUGAUAAAAGUGUUUAAAAACCUCCUUGGCGACACGAUUCUGAUGGAUGACUUAAUCUCAGCCACCAACUACAGAAAGGCGCUUGUGGAGAAUCGUAUACAGUGCCCCACCAUAUUGACCCGAACUGGGGAAAGAGUCAGUGCCAAGGGCAAAUUUGGAGGUUCACAGAACAGAGCGCCACCGAUUGACAGACUGAAAAAUGUGUUUGGAGCUCCUCUACCAGACAAUUACGAAGAACUGAAGGAACAAAUAGAUGUACUUCAUCGGUACUGUGCAGCAGUGGAAGAAAUAGAAAAAGCAGAAAAGGAUCAUAAUGACCAUUCCACAAAAUGGUUCAGUGAAAUUCUCCAAAAAGAAAAAGAGAAGGAUGCCAUGACUAAGGAACUAGAAAAGAUUAACAAACAACUUGCAUCAGUACCAGUGAGAGCAGGAAAACGUGCUUCUGGAAACUCUGAGGAGUCACCUGGCAUCGCUUCAAAGCGUCAAAGACGGGGAUCUGUGGAUGAGCCAGGAUCAUUUUCUGAAAUGAACUAAAGUUUAACUUUGAAUUUUGACAAAAAGCAUAUUUUUAUUACUAUUAUUACAAUGAGUUGUCAACUCCCUCCUUUUUAAUGUUUUUUGAAAAAAGUCAAAAAUGUUCAGUAAAUUACCUUUAAGAAGCUUUUGCUUAUUCUAGUUUUUGGACUUGUUUUUAUUUUCUGUAUGAUACCUUUAACCUUAACAACCUUACAGCAGACACUGAUGCAUAUUUAAUUCUCUGUGUCAUUUUUACAAGUUCCUUAUAGUUCAUCUCUGUUUUUAUCCCUGAAAUGUCAAGGUCUGGCACUUACAUUUUUCUUUUAAAUGACAAUUUUAUUGUUUUACGUCUGUUAACGGGCAAUAUUAUGCAACAUCUACUUUUUUGAUCUUUCCAUCAUAUUAUAAAGCUAAUUCCUCAUCAAUAAAAUGAUAAAUUACAAAGUCUAAUUUCUUUUAAUUUCUUUUUGAUAUAUGUAGCUUUUUUAUAACUUAAAUCAACAUGAUGAAUGUGAUAUAAAUUGACUCUAUGCCCUUUGAUUUCAUUUUAAAUUCUUGAACAAUUUGAAAUAAAACUUCAAUACGACACG